AUGGCAUCGGCAGACGCCAUGUGUGCAGCCUCUUCCUCGAUCGUACCGGCGCUGGACCACCUCAUCUUGCUGGUCAAUGACCCACAGACCGCAUCUUCGCAACGCACGUCGGCGCUCGAACACGCCGUCCUCGUGUUUUCCGAGCUUGGCUUCCAGGUUGUACGCGGCGGCACCCACGCGGACGGACUGACUUCUAACGCGCUCAUCGUGUUCCCGGAUGGAGUGUACAUCGAGCUCAUCCAGUUCGAGCCGGCCCCCGCGCCCGGAUCCGUGGAGAACCAGCAAGGCUUUGAAGCGAGACGCAAACAGCAUUGGUGGUAUCAUUGCCGGAAAGGAUGGAUUGAUUGGUGCUUGGCAGAUGGGAUCAGCGACGGAGCCAUCGAUAGCAUCAACGAUAAUGCUAGGCGGUUGAGGGAGAGUGCUGUGCAAGAGCUGCAGAGCAACCAAGGUGAGGAAGGAGGUGAUUCAAAGGUUGUUGCGCCGAGGCUGUUGUAUCAAGUGCCACAAGAAGGUGGAAGGACGACAACGAGGGGCGACGAGAUCAAGUGGAAGGUCACUUUCCCUUCGCCGCCAUCUUCAUCCACCGAUACGGCCACAGCAGAUGUGCCAGUGGGCAACGUACGAUCCCAAGUCCCCUUCUGGUGUGCGGACCUCACCCCUCGUCAACUUCGAGUCCCACUGACCUAUGCACACCACGAUAACCACUCGCCGGGGAUUGCCGAAAUCACACUGCUGUAUGCACACGAUACCGUAACAGCCUACCUCGAUGUGUCGUUGGCGCUCAACCAGCCCAUCCAACCCGACACGCUGCCCAUCACGUCAGACUUCCAAUUGGUCCCCAACGAGAUCCCCUGUCGUCUCCUUUCGACCCCCGCUGCGACGCACAAGCCUGAUGCAAGCGCCGCUGCCGAUAUCACCGUGAGCUCGCACCACGAGUCACUGCGAAUGGCGGCAGGCGACCUGGCUAGCAGGCUGAUCAGAGUGGUUGUCAAAGUCGCCGAGGAUCCAGAGGAUAUGAAAUGGAUCAAGGAGCAUGGGGAGGGGCUGUAUGAGGUCGCAUUGUAUGUGGCCGCGGAUAAGCUUCCUCCCAGUGGGCCACCUGACGGUAUUGAGCGAACCACUUUCGAAGCAGGGUUUGGACGUAUACGACUCAGCCCCAUCCUUCACUAG